AUGGAAGAGCUUCUGGCCAAACAUCGCAAGGAGCAGAAGGAUCUCCAAGGGCGGAUUACCCAGAAGAAAAAGUCCGCCACCAAGAAAACCCGCAAAGGCGUUAAUGAUGAAUGCGAGCAAAUGCAGCGAGAGCUCACAGAGCGACACCAGACAGAGAUUUCCCAGCUAAAUGGGGAACCACUCGAGCCUGUGGAAGGUCUCGAAGAUCUCAGCCUAGAAGAUGGACCCUCUGCCAACGGAGAAGCGAAAGAAGAAAAAGCAGCACCGACAGAACCAGCACCCUCGAGCAGCUCUGGCCCGGAUGCAUCACCCGAACCCCGUUCCAAGAAACCGAAUCGUCAAAAGGCCCGUCUCGCCCGCCGAGCCGCCGAACAAGCGGCCGCAUCAGCCGCCGCCGCCGACGAGGCCGCGAACCAAACCGACUACAGAGGAAAUGAGAAAGAAGUGAUGGACGCGGUGUUCAAGCGCUUGGGAUUGAAGGAAGUGGAGGUUACUCCCGACGGCCACUGUCUGUAUUCUGCAAUUGCGAAACAGCUGGACGGUUCCGGGCUCGGCUUGCGGCCGGACCCAAGCCGAAUCGUCCUCCAGCCGGCGACACAAUCUCGUAUCGACACCAUUGCGUCACCGCAGCAUGAUGGCUACCGCGCCAUCCGGGCUGUGACAGCGGAUUUCAUCGUGGAACACAAGGAUGACUUUGAGCCGUUUAUGGAGGAGCCGCUGGACGUCUAUGCCCGCAAGAUCAAACUGACGGCUGAAUGGGGUGGCCAGUUGGAGCUGCAGGCUAUUGCGCGGGCAUAUGGCGUCGAUAUCAAUGUCGUGCAGAGUGAUGGUCGGAUGGAGAAAAUCGAGUCGGGCGACGACAGCCUCGACGAGGAGGAAAAGCAGCGCCGCAUUAUUUGGCUGGCGUACUAUCGACACUCCUACGGACUCGGCGAGCACUACAACGCACUUCUCAAGCAGUCCUAA